AUGGCUGGCUUCUUCAAUAAACUGAAGAGCGCGGGCAAUACUACCUCGAGCCCAACGAGCAAAGAUGUGCCGAGCAAAAAGGUCAAGGAAGAGCCAGCGCCGGAGCUCACUCCUUUGGAAAAGAUGCUGCAAAAUGCCGGCCCAUUGAGGGAGGACGGAACUGACAAGUUCUUCGGCCUUGAGAAUUUUGGUAACACUUGUUAUUGUAACUCAAUUGUCCAAGCAUUGUUCUAUUCAGAAUCCUUCCGAGACCACGUCGUCAAGUACCCUCCACUGUCGCCCACUGAUACCCCGAACGGAACUCGAUCAAAGGUGAACGUAACGAUCCGGCCACCAGUCGCGAAAGAGCCCCCGAAUACGCCCGGAGCGAAACAGAAAGGCUUAAGUGCAUCGGAAUCUAUGAAGCGCAGGCAGGCCAUCACAGCAGGAAUGCCUCCACCAGGAGCGCCAGGUAUACGGCCUGAAGACAAACCUGAUUCGCCAGAGUAUAAGAAGAAACAUGCCAUGAUCAAGGGCCCGAUUCUGGAACUGGCGCAGGAAAACCCGUCCGCUUACGGCAUGGAAGAAUGCACCUUCACCGGUCUCAAGGACAUUUUCCAGGCCCUUAUCGAGAGCAAUACCAGGACAGGUGUGCUGAGCCCACAACGGUUCCUAGAAAUCUUCAAACGAGAUAACGAGAUGUUCCGCAAUUCGAUGCACCAGGAUGCCCAUGAGUUCUAUGGUCUCGUUCUGAACGACGUCAUCUCCAACGUUGAAGCAAACGCCAAACGGAUUCAAGAGCGACAGGCUGAGAACAAGGACGGGUUGGUCCAGUCAGUGGAGAACGCUCUCGGCGCAGCUAGUCUGAUGAACCGACCAUCAAACGGUGUGGGAUCUCCCGGAACCGGCUGGGUUCACGAUAUAUUUGAGGGUGUUUUGACUUCCGAAACCAAGUGCUUGACCUGCGAAACGGCCUCGCAACGAGACGAGACAUUCCUGGACUUGUCCAUCGACCUGGAGGAGCAUUCGUCAGUGACGUCUUGCCUGCGAAAAUUUUCCGCCGAAGAGAUGUUGUGUGAGCGCAACAAGUUCCACUGCGACCAUUGCGGUGGACUUCAGGAGGCUGAAAAGCGGAUGAAGAUUAAGCGCUUACCAAAGGUUCUCGCACUGCACCUAAAGCGAUUCAAGUAUACCGAGGAUUACAGUCGAUUGCAGAAGCUCUUCCAUCGUGUCGUCUACCCGUACCAUUUGCGUAUGUUCAACACUACCGACGACGCAGAAGAUCCUGACCGACUUUACGAACUGUACGCUGUAGUCGUUCACAUUGGCGGCAACGCCUAUCACGGCCACUACGUAUCGGUGAUCAAGACGAAAGACCGGGGCUGGGUUCUGUUUGACGAUGAGAUGGUGGAGCCGGUUGACAAACAUUUUGUUCGGAACUUCUUUGGAGACAAACCUGGCAUGGCCUGCGCAUAUGUCCUAUUCUACCAAGAAACCACAUUCGAGAAGGUGCAGGCUGAGAUGGAGGCUGAAGGUCUGGAGGAGGUCAAAAUCGCCAGCGAGGCCGCUAAUGUUGCUCACGAAAAUGGCCAACCAAACGGCACGACUCCUCUCUCGAAACAGUUUACGCAGCCAGUCAGCCCUAUUGAGGAACGUGAGCCGCUGCCUAGUCUGGCACAUGCACAGACGGCCCCAGGCAAGGUGGACGCUCCGCCUCCCGAAAAGCUUCCCCGGGUACUAGAUACGUCAACCACUCCUGCUGCCCCCCUCAUCUCGUCUAGCCUCGCCAGGUCAAACACGGUGGCCAAGGCAGAAAAGUCGAAGGAAGACAAGAAGCGCGAUAAGAAGGAGCAGGAAGCUGCAGAGAAAGCUAGGAAACAAGCCGAGAAAGACAAGGAAAAGCUCCAAGAUAGGGAACGCAGAGAAAGCAUGGCCAGAGCGAGAAUGGCUCGUGUACGAGAAGACGAAGAUUUGCGCAGAGCUAUCAAGGCCAGCAAGCAAUCAGCAGAAGAUGACACCAAGAAGGAAUCGUCAAGCUCAGGCAGCUUCCUCAACCGAUCCAGUCGGGCGAGUAAAUCGAUGAGCAGGAAGAGUUUCGGAUUCCUCAGCAAGGAUAAGGACAAGGGCGAAUCACAUCAACCAUCCGAGAAUGGGCACAGCGGCUCAGAAGGGAUGCCGAGUCAACACGAGAAGCCUAAAGAGUUGAAGGAGCGAUUCAGUUUCAACCUUGGCCGGAAGAAGAGUGGCAAUCUGCUGUCAUGA